CCUCAUCCGCGGAGCGCGCGCGCCAUGGACGUGAAGCGGCUGAAGGUGACGGAGCUGCGGGCCGAGCUCGGGCGGCGAGGCCUGGAUUCGCGCGGCUUGAAAGUGGAGCUGGCCCAGCGGCUCCAGGAGGCCUUGGACGCCGAGAUGUUGGCGGCCGGGCCUGAGGAGGCCGGGGCGGAGUCGGCAGCCGCGGCGGCGGCCGGGCAGAGCCUCGGCAGGCCCCGCUUGGGAGGCGGCGAAAACAACGAGGGCGGCGGCGGCGACGAAGAAGACGAGGAGGACGAGGAAGAGGACGAGGACGAAGAAGCGCUGCUGGCGGACGAGGAGGAGCAGCAACGGGAGGCGGCGGCGGCGAGUGGCGCCCAGGCCCAGCCCCAGCAGGCCGGCGAGCAGCACGAAGGCCAGGCCCAGGCUCAGCCAGGCGGCAGCGGCGGGGUCAACGGCGCCCAGCGGCCUUCGAAGGAGGAAGGAGGCGGCGGCGGCGGGGUUGGCGAGGAGGCGGCGGGAGAGGCCGCGGCCAAGGAGGGAGCCGAGCAAGAGGGUAAGGCGGGAAUCGUGGCGGGGGGGGCGGGCGGAGUGUAACGGUCGCUUCGCAUCGCGGCUGUUGGCCGCCGGGCAAAGCUCCUGCCUACGUUCUUGGUGGGCUGCCUCUGGUUUAGGGGACGCAUCCGUCGAAGUUCUGCUCAAGAGCCUCCCCGAGCUGAAACGGGCGGACCCAGAUUCAGGUCGUGUCGACGCACUCCAGUGGGGCUACUCUUGAGCAGGGCGAGCGUGGGAUGCAACCCCCCAGUCCAUUGAUUUCAUGGGCGGAAGCCGUUCCUGAAGUGCACCAUUUCGGAUCAGUGAACUUAGCAGAAGUUUCAAUGGGCCUCCUCAGAGCAGGGUUGACGUCGGAUACGGAUGAAAGUGCACAGUAAAGCCCCGUGUCUUUAUUCGUUUCUCAUCAGCAUCCUCAUUGUUAUUGUUACUUAUACGUUGUAGUUUUAAGGUUGCAUUGCAACCCUGUUCUGCAAACUAGACUCAUUGAAAUAAAUGGCCCCAAGUUAGUAACGUCUGUUAAUUUAGCUGGAUCUACCCUGCGUAUCACUAAAGUUGGAUACCACCUUGUGUUUAUUCUACCUACGUAUUGCCGUCAUUAUUGCUACCUGUUGGUUGAGAGGUGGCUAACUAUGGCAUCCUCAAUAUCUUACCUAUUGUAUGUUACCACUAAUGCUGCUUUUAUUUGUUGUAACCCCUGUGUUGUCAUUCUUAUCCUCGUUGUGAGGCAUUCUGAAGGGCAGCUAUGCCACAGCACAUCCUGUGCAUCUUUUACUUGCAAUUAACUUGUGUUGGAUUGGUGGUGCUAACCUGCAAAUUAAUGUGCAUACGGAUGGGAUGCACAGGGUUGCAGCUUUAGUGGUGGAUAAGCCCUCUUUAAAUUGGUGAAUCUUGCUUCUGGGUAAAAAAUGUAUAGGAUUUUGGCUGUUGAAUUGUAUUUUUGUGUGCACUUUACCCAGAAGUAAGCUCCCAAUUAACACAAUAGGAUUAGCUUUUGAGUAAACAUGUGUAUUGUGGUAGAUCUCUAAUGGCCCAGUGACUUGUUAUUGGUUGUAGAACAAAAGUAAAAUAUUUGACAGGUUUAUUGUGGGCCAACAGGUAAAUUCAUAACUGCAGAAGAUGGUGUUAUCACCAAUUAACUGCUGUUGUGAAUAGCCAGUGUACAAUUUAUAUGCAGUUGACCUAGCAUAGAAAUGUCACAAUUCUACUGUCUCACGAGAUUUUCUGUCAUUCUAACUCUUUUAGUCAUGGUACUGUUUUCUCUCAUAUAUAGCCAUUCCUUUAUAUAUAUCACUGUAAUAGUAACUGAACUCCUAUUUCUCCUCUGUUGAUACUUGUUUCCAUUUUGUUUCUCCUCUUUCCUCCCCCUGAAUUGAAUAUUAAAUUGGAAGCUCCUCAGGGCAGGGACCUCUUUUUUGUUAUACAGUAAAAAUACAGUAGAAGUCAAUAGAACUAAAUUGUGUGUAAAUAUUUUUUUUGUAAGAAUCCCAGUCAGUGGCAGGCAGUAAGUGGUCCAUAAGAAAUUAGCUCUUGUGAAGAGGUGUGCACAUUAAUGGCUUAGUGUAAAUAAAUAAUAAUCUAUGUUGUGGCUAAAUUGUUGUGAGUCAGGAAAUAUCUAAUUUAAAUUAUGACUGUUGUCCUAAUAUGUUUGCUGCCCUGUCUCUUUUUCCUUUCCAUAAAUGGGCAUUAUACUUUGUCAGGGUUGGUGUAAAUAAGGUUAUUAAGAUAUGAGAGACAGUCUUGGAGUAGAGGCGUGUGAGAUUGAAUUAGGACAAGGGGUUCUUAAUCUGUGGCCCAUAGACCCCCAUGGAUGAGCUUGGGGGGGCUAUGAACUAGGCACAUAAAUAGAAGAUUUUUAUUUCAUUUACUUUCUGUUACUUUGAGAAUUGUCUUGGGGGGGCAAUUUCUGAGGAAGGGGUCAAUAGCUUUUAGCACAGGCACCCCCAAACUUGGCCCUCCAGAUGUUUUGGAACUACAAUUCCCAUCAUCCCUGACCACUGGUCCUGUUAGCCAGGGAUGAUGGGAGUUGUAAUCCCAAAACAUCUGGAGGGCCAAGUUUGGGGGUGCCUGUUUUAGCAGAUUCUUAAAGAGAUCUGUGGCUCCAAAAAGGCUAAGAACCACUGGACUAGGGGGUCCUUCAUUUGAAUUUCCACUCGGCCAUGAAGCUCAGUGCUGACCUUUAGCUGUUCACUCUCCCAAUCUAUCCUGCUUAACAGGGCUGUUGUAAGAAAAAAAUGUUGGUUGUGUACUCUACCUUCAGCUCCUUAGAGGAGGAGUGGGAUGAAAAUAUGUGUGUGUGUGUGUGUGUGUGUGUGAGAGAGAGAGAGAGAGAGAGAGAGAAGCACUUGUGAGGAGUCUAAAUUACUAGAUUAAAUUCUUAAGGGCUAGUUCCCUAUGGACAGGGAUCGUUUUGUUUUGCUGGUAAGAUUCUUUGCAAAGUUUCAUCUAUGAUGGAUUGUGUGUAUAAAAGUAAUGUUGCAAUUAUAAUUAUUAUUCAAUUUUCUACAGUUGGUAGACAGGAGAGAGAGGCUUGUUUAUACAAUUUAUCAAUUUCUGAAUGUUUGCCACAAGAAAGUAAUUUAGCAUAAUAAAUGCAUUAUAAAUAUAUUAUUCAUUUUAAGUGUUCAAAUCACUGAACAUUAGCAUUUUGUGGUUGUGAUGUGAAGCUUGUAUAAGGAUGCCUAAAAGGUGUGAUUUGAACUUAGAGCUCGUAAAUUGUAUUCUCACUGCUUUGGGCCACCAGUUUGCUAAGAAGCCCUAAUAAGUACACUGAUGUAGUGCCAUGGUCUUGGGCCUUGAACUAGAAGUUGCUGAAAGUGUUUUAUUCAGUACUGCUGCCAAAUGUGUGUUUAGGGGAGAGCACAUCAGACUUCUCAGCCUCUGACUGAUACUUUUACUUUCUUUCUUUUUUCUGGAAUAAACUGUCCUUGAUUUUUUUUUAAAAAAAACCUGCUGGUAUCCAAGCAUAGCUAUAAACAGUAUUCUCAGUUUGUAAGCAGCUGCAGGUAACCAAAGCAUGUUCUCCAGGCUUAUUCACAUGAAAUGCACUAAGGGUAACUUAUGUGCAUUGUUUGGUUAAGUGGUAAACCCUCUGAAAAAUUGGUUUGGAAAACUAGUAUUUCAGAUUUGUGAUGUUUGGCUGUUACCAAGUUCAUGAGACCACACGACAGAUUCUCAAGAGGAAAACUUUAGUUGCUGCCCUGUCUCUAAAGGUUUGUUUUAUUCUUAAGAAAGCUAGGCAGUUCGGCUACAAUCUUAAACACUUGCUAGGAAGUAAACCUCAUUGACUAUAGCUGGGCUUACUUCCUAGGGGAACAUUAUAGCAAUUCCAUGUGUGGCUCCUAAGUUGUAUGGUUGCUUAUUGCUGUUUGCUAGCACUACUUUUGCUACCUGUCUAUGGUUGCAAAUUGAAAUAUGCUUUUAAAAAAGGCAUGUUAUGGUGCAUCAUUGAAAUAGGCUAUUCCGAGGUAAAUGGUCUUUCUUGUGCCUAUUUAGUUCUAUGCUGUUUCUUGACAAAGCAAUUAACAUAUUGGGAAUAAUGCUGAUAUUUAGCAUAUGCUUCAUUCUCCUUAGAAAUUGGAAAUACAUUGAACCCUGUUUUUGAUGAGGAAAUUGUGGGGGCGUGGGCCGCUCUGAGUAGCAUUUAACAUGAAAGGAAGAAAUAGGAAUUUAUCCUUAGGCACACAUUACUUAAUACCCUCAAGAUCUACAUGUGGGCUCAGGGUGUGUCACAUCUUUGCCGUAAAUCUGUUUUGAAGUUCGAUUUGCAGUAUGAAGUGUCAUCCUAGUACUUAACACAUGCCUACAUCAGUCUUACAGAUGUGGCGGCUUUGUUCCUAUCUUCUGCAUCAGGCAUAAUGCCACUGAAAGCUUGCAGACCUUAUUGAUGUAGAUGUAAAAUAAAACUUACGCUAAAGAACUGGAGGCUUGAGAGAAUCAGAAAAUGUAAGACUUCUGCCCACAGGCCAAAAUGGAAAAAUGAAGCAUAUCACUUUGACUUCCAGGAGCCUCACUAAAUCCAUGGUUAACUGUUAGCGAAAAAGGAGACACAAGGCUUGUUUAUAAAGAUUUCCCUUAGGUUGAUCACAGGGGAUUUAGGCUACCCUAGGAGUCCUAGAUAAACACCGUAUGUGUGUUUCAUUCCAAGGUAAGAGAGGCCAGAAGGGGCUUAUACAUGCAAGUGUGUUUGCUUUCAACAAAUCUCUUUUUUUGUGUGCUUGUGUUUUCUUACAGCAAAUGAGGAUGAUGAGAAAGCAAAGCAGGCUGGACCAGACGGAGAACGCCAUGGACUAAAAAGACAGCGGGAUGAAAAGGACGAGCACGGCCGUGCUUACUAUGAGUUCCGAGAGGAGGCAUAUAAUAGCCGGUGAGAUGUGGGUCAUUUUGUCCAGGAAUUCAUGCUAGGUGGCCAAUGAAGUUCAUACAGAACACUAAACUGUGGGUUUAGUGCUUUGUGAAUGAACACAAGCAAAGCAUCAAUUUCUCUCUGUCACACACACACACUCUCCCCCCAUUGCUGGGAGGAGGACUUGGGCAGAGUUCAGUUUCACUUUUGCAAAAUUGUGGCUUAGUGUUGUGUUUGAACCAGAGGGUGGUGUCUUUGAAACAAACUCUUGUAAGUAUGAAAGUCAAACAACAUAGGAACAUGGACCAUGAACCUGACUUGUUCUGACUACCUAGAGAUUGUUUUAAUAUCUGGUUUGAAAAGAAUGCUAAAUCAGGAGGAAGGGCAAGCAGAUGUGAGAACAAGGUUCCAAGGAUUAUCAUGGUGUUUGUGGUAUUGCUUUGUUUUCUUCUACAUACCAGUUUUUUACUGGAUGCUUUUUUAAUGUGACCUUGUUGGCUAUUCCUUUAUAUUCAAUAUAGAUCCAAGUCUCCACCACCACCAGAGGAGGAGGCUAGAGAAGAGGAUGAUGAGAAUACUGUGAUCCUGGACACAUGUAUGUGCUUAUUUUGUACGCUAUGUGAACUGUGUAAUGACAAAUUUAAAUAUAAUUUCAUAGAAAAGUCAGGUCCGCUGUAGUAUAGUAAGGCUGCAACUGAAAGUUUUUGUGUUUUUUGUUUUGUUCAUUUUUAAAAAAAAAUUUAUUAAAAGCAAGAUAGCAAGCCUUGCUAUAACUCUGAUCAGUUUGCCAACCCUAAGUAGUAUAGAACCCAAAAGACCUGGGGUUGUAUUAAAUGUUAGUCAUACUCUGAGUAGACUCAUUGAAUUGAAUGGAUAUUACUAACCCAGAUUCAUUAUUUCAAAUUCUUUUAAGUCUUUAUCCCAUUUCUUCCUUCACUGUAUAAGGCAAGGGUUGGGAGAAGCAAAAAUGGAAGGUGGGGGAGAAAAGCCAUUUACAAGUGAUGAAUUUAGUCCUCUUACUAGAGUGAUCUGUUCCUCCUCCAGUGAGGUGGCAAGCCUGGCCUCCUACCUGUUCAGAUUGCUCCCAACAUCAGCAUGCGAUUCUUAAUUAUUCCUGGAGGGAACGUGUCCUUCCCAACAGGAAAAAAAAAUCCCUCCUAGGUUCACUACAAUGUACGCCUUUUCUAUAACUUAACCUGAGAGGAUUUGAGCACUUCAGCAAGAGUGGGGUAACAAGGGGUGAUAUUUUUAGGAGUUUGGAUGUCAUUAUGAACAAAAGGAUUACAGAAAGCCUCAAAAUCUGAUCACUGAUCCACAUCCCAGGUGUCUCUUUUGAAAUUAUUUUGCAGUGCCAGACAUCACACACAUGUUGGCUUUAAAUGCAUCCUUUCUUGCUCAGAUACGUCCGAUCUCCACUUCAGAGCUACCAAGGACCGCUAUGGAGGCCAGCCUCUGUUCUCCGAGAAGUUCCCUAAUCUGUGGUCUGGGGCAAGAAGUACACAUGGAGUGAAAAAGGGGAAGGUCUGCUUUGAGGCAAAGGUAAGGACGUUUCCUCAGGGGAACACAUAAUCCAUGUUGAGCCUUCUUGGAGCUUUCAGCAGCAAGUGUGGUCUGAGCUAGUUAGAGUGAUCAUUUCAACAGACUGCAGCUUGGAGUUGUUUUUCAUUGUGAAUGGCAUAGUGUAGCACUUGGACCCCUCCAGAUCAGUAUGAAGUGGACAUUUAAGAGUCAAUGUUAGUCAUAUUCAAAGUACGCUCAUUGACAUUAAUAGACAUCACUAACCUGGGUCUAUUAAUUUUUAUUGUUGGAUACAACUCUUACUGCACAGAUCUGUUUUUAAAGUAAGUGGAGUCUCGUUUCUGUGAAGGUUGUUGAGGCACAAGUUAACAAAGUUUAUGUUGCCAUUCCUUCACUUCCUAUUGCUAGUUGGGCCUGCACAACAGCUAAUAACGAUGACAAAAAGUGUUUUGACCAACUCUUCAGGGCAGAUAAAUGUAUAUGUGUAUACACAACACGUGUGUGUGUGUGUGAGAGAGAGAGAGAGAGUGUCACAUGUUGGAUAGGUGAAUUUUAUCUACAAGGAAUUGAGGCUUGAGCUAUUGUUGCUAGUUUAUUUUAAUUUAGGUCACUUUAAGGUUGCCUAAUAACAAAUGUUGCCUAGGUGAUCCACAGUUUUAGAACAAAAAUUUAUUAUUGCAAUAAAAAGCAACAAGCUACACAGCAAUAGCUGCAAAUGUGUCCUUUAAAAACACAUAGUAUAAUCCAGUUGGUGUCAUUCCAGUGAUCAAAGGCAUCCAUUAGCAGCCGAGGGGGCAAUUUUUGGCAAUUCCACUUCCUCCAUUCAGGCCCCCCAACCAGAUUUGCUCUGGAGGACCCCUAGCCCUCCAACAUAAAUUGGAUUCCAGCCAAGGAACAGAAGAAUAAAAAUACACUUACCCAGUCAAAGCAGAAGGCAGUAGUAUAAUGUAUAAUCAGAACAUAAUGGUGAAUUACAUAUUUCUUUUCUUUUGGUUGGGGGAAGGUGUUUUGUACUGCAGAAGUUGCCUUAAAUGGGAUCAGCUGUGAGGGCCAGUUUGACUGGGUCUUCUUGGGCUGAUAUUUAAAUAAAGAUCAUUGUGUUGUUUUGCAAAUGUGCUUGGGUGUAUACAGCAACCUUUUCUACAAGCUUCCUAACAUUUGUCUCAAAUGGGCAUCGCCCCUUGAUCUGCCUUAGGUGACACAAAACCUCCCGCUGAAGGAAGGGUCCACAGAGAACCAGUUGCUUCGCGUUGGAUGGUCUGUUGAUCUCUCUCGUUCACAGCUAGGUAAGCAGUACCUCCUUUCCGGCAGCAAUGCAGCGCAACUAAGCUGGCGCCGCCUGGGGGAAGAAAUCGCAGUUCUCAAGGUGAAGUCACCAUAGUAAGUGUUGCUCUCUUCUAGGUGAGGAUGAGUUUUCUUAUGGCUACGAUGGACGAGGGUUGAAGGCUGAAAAUGGGCAAUUCGAAGACUUUGGUCAGCCCUUUGGGGAGAAUGAUGUGAUCGGUUGCUUUGCUGUAAGUGCAGUGAGCGAGGCCUCGGGCCGGCUCUUGAGGGGCCGCUUCGGUAUCUUCGGAGUAGGCCGGGGUAGGGGAAAAUGAGGUUCUGUACAGCCAAGGUGUAACUAACAACACAAAGUUAACUCCUGCUCCUUUCCUUGAUGCAGUGCCGUUCAGGGGACAACCGUGCACUGCAUGUGCCGUCACGAGGUUUGCCUUAAUGCUUCUUACUAGAACGUCCCCAUAACUGGCUGUGGUGUUCAACCAGGGCAGCUAAAAGCCAGCUUUGCCUUCCAUUGCUUUGUCUUCAGGAGGCUAUUAGAACAUGGCUUUGAAAGCAUGUGACAGUGUGAGGAAGGUGUGUGUGUGCCCAUUCCACGGGGACUUGCCGGUCACAUGCUUGCGCAUCCUGUGUUACAGAACUUUGACAGUGAAGAGGUGGAGCUGUCCUUCUCCAAGAAUGGGGAGGACCUAGGUGUGGCCUUCCAGAUCAACAAGGAGCUGCUCGGCGACCGAGCUCUUCUGCCGCAUGUGCUGUGUAAAAACUGUGUCGUGGAGCUGAACUUCGGCCAGAAAGAGGAGCCUUUUUUCCCGGUUCCUGAGGACUUCAUCUUCAUCCAUGCCGUCCCCGUUGAGGAUCGAGUGCGCACUCCCCUGCCACCCAAAACCCCUGGAGACUGUGAGGUAAUAAAACAGACUUCCAUGUUCCAGUUCCUAGAGGGGCUUCUCUAGCGUCCCAAUAAUACAGUGGUCUGCUGGUGCUGCUGCUUAAUCUUUUAACUCUAAUGGAUAAUCUAGUGGCGAAGACACUGUCUUGUACCAAAUUCUGGUGAAUUAGAUCACAGCCACACAUUCCAUUUAAAUCCAAUUAAGCCUGCAUGGCUUCCCCCAAAGAAUCUUGGGAAUUGUAGUUUGUUGAAGGGGGUAAGAAUUGGAAUUUUAAAUGUGUGUUGUGGAUGUGAUCUUAGAUAGCUUGUGGUCAAGGUGGGGGAAUAAUGUGCCUCCAAACCCAGGUAGAUAAACCUCCUCUCUCUUCUUUUCCCUAGCUGUAGUCUUUUUUAUGUGUUCUAUUUCAUCCUGUGUUUUCAUCAGUCUGGGGGCAGGGCAUCUCCCAGGAAGGGGAUAUGUAUUGAAAGGGUCCAGAAAAUCGUGUGUUCUAAUUGCAGGGCAGGGAGGGUCUUCUCUGUGGUUAGCCCCCUUGCGUUGAAAGGCAUUUCAGAGCAUAGAUGAAAUCUUAAUGGAGCUUUGGCAACUGCUGUCUUAACAGGGACUUGCAUGGCCCAACAGCACAGUUAGCACCAGUUCCCUUUAACUUUUCUAAAUUUGUGGGCUUGCUUACUAUCUUCCUGCUCCCCAUUUUAGGUGCUGCUUAUGGUUGGGCUGCCAGGAUGCGGGAAAACCCACUGGGCACAGAAGCACAUCCAGGAGAAUCAAGAUAAGCGCUACAACGUCUUGGGAACAGGCAUUGUUCUCUGCCAAAUGAGGGUAAGAAGUUAGAGGUCACUUUCACUUUUCAGUCUGUGUAUACUUCCAGAGGGUGAAUCUGAGGUCUCAGCAAAUUGGGUGGGGCAAUUGCAGAUUAAACCUUGACUUGGCCAUCUUGCCUUCAUAAUCAUCGAUGUAAGCAAAAGCAAGGGUUUUUUGAACUCACUUCUCUGUAGAAGACAGAGUUUUAGAGAAGACAAGAGAGAACCCACAAACAACCCAAGAAUGUCAGCAGGGCCGUAUGGUGGAGACACCCUGGAAUACAGAAUUGCCCUGGAAUAACAUGUCUAUUGUCAGUUCCUAAACUCUUAACCGUGUAAAGUAGUGGCUUGUGGUGUGUGUGACAUAUUUCUCCUUGAUUUCUUCUGUCUCCAUUCCCCCCCCCCCUUUUUAUCAGACAAAGGGCACUGAAGUUGAAGAGGUCCUGGACACUGCAGCUAAAGACCAACUGCUUCAGCAAGCUGCCCGUUGUGUUAGUAAACUGGUCCAGAUUGCCCCCAGGACAAAGCGAAACUUCAUUCUCGAUCAGGUAUUUUUACAUAAGGGCUGAGGGGGUUUAGUUCCAAGGAGGUAGGCAAUGAAGUUAGAAAAUCCAAAGUGUUCAUACAGUCUCCACGCAAGUUGACAAACAGGAUUUCUCUGAUGACUGGGUACAUGAGAAAGGGUCUUUGUCACAACAUUUUAGUGGGCCUGUUCUUCUCCAUGUUGUUAGAGGAGAAGGCUUCGCAUAUGGUGAUGGCAGUGACAUCCAGAAAACGGUAUCAGAACAAAAGAAGCUACUGGGAAGGGCAAAUAAAAGCCUUCCAUUAAAUACAUGCUUAGGACGCAGGUGGAGAACAUGGGGCCCUUGAGGUGUAGUUGGGACACUCAGCUCCUAACAGCCUCAGCCAAAAUGGUCGGCAGUCAGGGGUGAUGAGAGUUGUGUUGGCAACAUCCAUUCCUCACCACUGGUUAUGAGGAGGGUACUUUUACAAAAAGCAAGGCAGGGCAAGGCAGGAGAUGAGUUCUUAACAUUUUGAGUUCUUAACAUGUGGAGAGAUGAAUUAAACUAUCACCAUACUUUUAGAAGCAUUUCCUGCCCCUGACCAUAAAGGAUGGGUUGACUACUAGAAGUCUGAUUAUAAUUAACGACCGUAAUGUUUUGGUUCAUUUUCAUUCCUGCUCGGCUAUGGUUUCAGGGAGCCCCUUAAUGACUUUUGGCCAUUUCUGAGAGGAGGUGCUCUUGCUAUCUUUUAAGACCCGCAUGUUUUCUCCCUUUUAGUGUAAUGUGUACAAUUCUGGACAACGGCGGAAGCUGCUCCCUUUCAAGGGUUUUGUGCGCAAGGUGAUUGUGUUGGUUCCCACUGAAGAAGACUGGGAAGAUAGGCUGGAGCAGAGGGAGGAAGCUGAAGGAGAAGAUGUGCCUGAGUCUGUGAUGCUGGAAAUGAAAGGUAGCCUCUGCAAAAAGGGUCUGUGGGAACACGAGCGAAGUGGUGGUGUUGGGGCUUCAGGUUUGUUUUCCCUGUUGAAAAGAACUUUCUUCUAAUGAUUCUGCACUUCCUCUUCCUCCUGCUUCCCUGUGAUCCCAGCCAACUUCUCUCUUCCGGAGAAAUGUGAUUUCAUAGAUGAAGUCCUGUACCAAGAGCUUGCAAAGGAGGAGGCCCAGCCCCUCGUCACCAAAUACAAGGAAGAGGCCAGGAAACUGCUCCCACCCUCCGAAAAGCGGACGAACAGACGUAACAACCGCAACAAACGCAACCGCCAGAACCGCAACCGCGGCCAGGGAUAUGGUGAGGGUUUGCAAGUAGCAAGGGCUGCUCUCUGGAGGUACUCCUGACACUCUUCAUUCAUCUUUUUGCUGAGGACAGCUGUGGGCUUCCGGUUCCCCAGGUCCCAAAGGAAAUCCCGUGCCUCUCUGAGAGUAGCACUUGCCUCACUCUUGCCCAAAAGACUUCCCCAAUUCCUGUUCAGCUCAUUCUUGGCUCCUUGUGGGUUUAGCUCUCUCCCUUUGGAGCCUAGGGUACUUGUGAGAAGUUCUGACCAUGCAUGAUAAUUGUAUGCACACUUAGAGGACUUGGCUGCAGCAAUUUUUUUACUAAGAUUUUUACUAAGAUUUAUUUAGAUUCAUUAAGUCACAUCUGCGGGCUUGAUGUCUGUUUUAGGGGUCACAUUCAGACUAACCUCAUGGUGCUUCCUUUGCUCAGCCAUCCAGUGACCAUUUUUACCAAAUGAUGUUGGCAGGGGCAGAUGGAGGUGUUGGGAGCCCAGCAACAUCUGCAGGGCCACAGAUUUCCCACCCCUGUCCUAAGCUUUCAUCACCUCCCCCUCCCCAUUAUGUACCAGUCUCAUUUCCCCUUCCCCCUUGAUUAUAAGCCUUGUUUCCACCUUCUGGAGCAACAGCCUGGGACAUCUGCUCCCUUAGUUAAUUUAUCAUGUAUUAUCUCCCACCUUUCCUUUCCAAAAGACGGCUACCAGCAGAGAAGGAGCCAGAGACAAGAUUUCUCAUUUGGAUCACACAGCCACGAGCAAUUUUGAAACACCCAAAUUCCUUAUUCCCUGUCAAGAGUGGUUCAUCUUGAGUCUUCCCCCCCCCCCAUCCUUUUGCAUAGCUGCUUACUGGGCCCCCCACCUGCCCAGCUUCUUUCUGUCUCCCACCUCUGGCUCUAUACCAGCUGAUCUGUCUCCUGCUACUUAACCCUCUGCUUUGCGCUUCCACUACUUCUCCGUAGCUUCUGCUCAAGCCCAUAACAAAAAUGUAGCUUCCACAGUAGAGCAGGCGGUCCUUUGUAGUCAUUUUGGGGAAGGCUGGAAAUCUUGAAAACUCUCACUGAGAGUGUUGUUGUUUUUCUUUUUGGCAGCUCAGCCCAGGCAUCCAAGUAUGCAGCACCCUCCCGGGCUGCUGUGUGAGUAGCCUAAUGCUCUGUGGGAGGUGGGGCAAACAUGGGGCGGUGGGGGUGGGAGAAGUGGGGAGGUCACAGUUUACCUUGCUUUGGGGUAGAGGACUGGGAGGAGUUGGAUUGGGGCAGUGGGUAGUGAUUCAAACACCAUUUGCGGAGAAAUAGGCACACUUAGCAUAAAAUGGGUCGUAGUAGUUGUCAGCUUUCUCUCCUUCUCCUCCCACCGUGCCCCCUUGGGAAUUUAGGAAAGUGGGGUGAGGUUUGGCUGGCCAGCAAGCUGCAGGAAAAAGCUUUGGCUGAUCCUAAUGUGUUUGUAAGUGGCAAAUGUUCUCUUGCAUCUUUGGCCUAUGCUUCCUAAAAAAAAAAUGAAUGCCCCUGAGCUGCCCUGCCUGCCCUGGGCUAAAGUCCUGCUUCUCCACACACAAAAAAGAGAGAUGCCAGGUUGACUGUUCAGCACUUCUUAAUAUUUUCACUUAAGCUGGCACUGCUGUCUGACACAUCUUUGUUUUGUUACAUUCCCCGCCCCCUCGCCCCCAGCUGGUGGCCAGCGCCGAGGAGGCUACAACAAUCGGGCUUAUGGGCAGCAGCAACAGCAGCAGCAGCAGCAGUACUGGGGGCAGCCUGGAAACAGAGGUGUAAGUAUAUCCCUUUGGAUUUUCUUUGCCCAAGUUUGAUAAGUUAGGUUUGAUACUCUUAAUCAGGAAGACAUAACGGGGCCACUUUCCCCCCUUCCAUAUUGUGAAAUUUCAAGUGAUUUCCUCUUAGCGACCUUUGAACCUAGGAAGCUGCCUUAGACAAGAGUCAGACCACUGAUCCAUCUAGCUCAAUAUUGUGCUACACUGACUGGCAGUGUAUGGGGUUUCAGAGUCCAGCCUUAUUCCAAAGAUGUCCAGGAUUAAACAUGGGACCUUUUGCAUGCAAAGCAAAUCCUCUUCCAGUUGCCCUCUGAAGCCACACUGGGCUCCUGUGGGAGGAAGGGCAAUAUAUAAACAGAAUAAAAAAAUAAUAAAGUAAGUGUGGCUGGCCCCGCACCUAUCAGCCCUGGCCAGUGUGUCCAAUAGCCAGGAAUGAUGGGAGUUGAAGUCUAGCAACUCCAGGAAGGCCAGAGGUUAGCCACUUUUCCUUGAACAGGCUAUAUGGUAAGGGGCAGUGCCAGGUAUAUGUCUCUGCAUCUAAUCUGCUCCUUUAAUCCACAGGGAUAUCGUAACUUCUACGAGCGAUACAGGGGGGACUACAAUCGGUUCUACGGGCGUGAUUAUGAGUACAACAGAUACAGAGACUACUACAGAGACUACAACCGAGAGGUAAGAGGCUGCAUACCAUGAGUUGUAUCCAAUGUUAGUCCUACGAAAAAUAGACCUAUUGAAAUGAAUGGACACGGCUAACUUAGGUCAGAGGGCCUGCUCUGACAGAAGCUAGUUGGACACAGUCCCAUGCUUUUAGAAUAGUGGUUUUUGCACUUCGCUGUCUCUGCUCCUGGAGACAACUACUGCUGGAACUCUCAUCUGCUUUGAUUCCUGCAGUGUUGCAUCUAAAGGCCUUCCAGACCACAAAAGCUCUGGGUACAAGAAGUCUUGGUUCCAGAAUUUAUUAAGAGAAACUUUUGACUUUGACUAGAGUAAAGAAAGGGGUUGGAGGGUGAGAAGUAGGUAAUUGAUGUAGGGAACCUCAGUUCCUAAUCCACCUCUGCUUUCAAAGCAACAACAUGGCACUAUUUAAAAUCACCGCUUCAGUUCCCCACCUCUACAAUAGGACUGUUUAUCUUAGAUUAUCCAUUAUUUGUGUACUCCAACCUUGCCCAAACCAGGUGCCCCCCAGAGUCCAAAGCCUUUGGAGGGCACCAGUGCAUUCACUCCAUCAGCACGUAAAUAACAUGAAUGGUGUCCAACCUGUUUUUUGUAGGAGAUGAGAGGCCCUUUGCUCUUGAGCACACUCAUACCCUACUAGCAGCAUAAUAACAGCUCUCAUUGUCCUUUUUUUUUAGUGGCAGAACUACUACCAAGACAGAGACCGAUACUACAGGAACUACUAUGGGGGAUACCAGGGGUACCGGUGAAACCCCAACCAUCUCCACCCUUCAGCCAACCAGCGAGGCUCUAUUUGGGGGGCAGGGGGGUGUCUGUCACUUCCCAAGACACAACAUAAUGGAUGUGGGGCUGUUGGGGAAAGUGGCAGCAGGGUUGAGGGGGGCGGGAGGGGGAGGUUAAAAAAAAAAAAGAAAUUGUAAAUUUUUUUUAAAGUUUGUUGAAAAGAAUAUUGUCUUAUUCUAUAAAAAAAACAAAAAAAAACAUUUCAAACCUAGUUUAGACAUUUGUAAUCAAAACGUUUGCGCAAACAGGAGAGCAGCACUUAGCGCUGCCUGUGAUUGGGCAGGAAAACAUGACAUCAUAGAGCAGCUGGACGGGAAGGGAGGUGCAGGGAUCACAUGGCAAAGGGGGAGGCGCAAAUGAGGGCAUGCAGGGAUAAGCGGGUGGCUGUUUGGGCGGAGGGAAGGGGACGGGAUACAACUUUUGGCUUCUCCUAACUCGUACAGAAAAACCGCACUUCCUGAGCAUUGUCACUCUGUUUUUCCAGGCCAGGGUGGCGGCGGCAUGAAUGUUCUUCCUUCUAGUUGAACCAAGGAAACCUUUCCCCAUCCUGUAGCCACCAAGAGCGAACAAGAGAGGUCUUGAUGUUCCUCUUUCAGAGUUCGGCCUACGUUUUCAGACAGUGAAUUGCCAGGAGGCUUGUUUGACCUCGUGUCGCUCAGGCCACAGAGGCUUUUCUUGAGCUUUCUCCCUUUUCUGCAGGCGCCUCACCUUGAAAUCUCAGCGGCUUGCUUAUUUGUGACCCAUCAGACGAAAGGAAGUGCAGGAGUUUAGUUCGCCCCGUUCCCAAGUUCUUCCCGGGUCAAAGCAAGCUGCCUUGGGUGCCCUUCCUGCACCCUCCUUCCUUUCCUCCCAAGGCUUAGUUGGCCCUCUCAUCAUCUCUAUAGUAUCUGUCCUCUUUUUUUCUUUUUCUUCUUAAGUGGAGUGGAAAGAACAUUUUUCUCAGGGUUUCUGCAGGAUCUUCUCAUUGUUAGCACCUAACAUGUAUAUAAGCAAAACUGCAAGCAUGUAACUGUCACCUUUUGAGAAGCUUAGUGCUGAGAAUACCAACUGGUUUUAUACAGUCAUUGUGGGGGAAGGGGGGUGUUCUGUCCUUGUGGUUUUGAUAAACUGGUAGCCUGUGUAAAUAGGAACAUGGGGAGGGGCAAAGAGGAUCUGCGCUUGUGGGGUGGGUGGGGUGACAGGUGUGUGUAUAUGUGUGUGUGUGUCCUUGAAAAAUGUUGGCUUCUUGAUCCUGGCCCUUUGAUGAAGCUUAAUUAUUUUUCCAGUUCCUAGAGGCUUCUAUUGAUGCUUCCACUUUUCUUUUUCCUUUUUUUAACCACACUAGUGUGCCUAGCUAUAAUUCUUAAAGCAUCCUCUUCCAUGUUUGUCCAGUCGUGCAGAUGGAAGAAAAUCUUAGGCUUCUUGGGUCUAGUGGCUGGUGUUCUUUCCGGGAUAUGGGUGGGAAUUUAUGUGUGUUGCAGGGGGACCUAUUCCCCAUCCUGUGGGUUGAUUUAUUUUGCUUCAUCGUAGGCUUUCUUCCACAGAACGAUGGGGGACUUUUUACAACAGGAUGUUCUUCCUUAAGACACAUUGUGUAAAUGCUCCCUAGUUUCUUGGUACCACCUUUUUCCAGCUUGACUAAAUUAUGUCUGAUUCCCAGACACAGGGAUUGAAGAUUUGCCUCUGUUCCUUGUGAUUCACUGUUUGAAAUUUUAACACUUGUUUUUCUUUUUAGAUUGUUGGGUUUAAAUUUAUUUUGUUUUGUUUUUUGGCUACACAAGAAUUCUCUUUCCAGCCUUUGCAAACGGUUCUUGUCUCCAUCCCCAUUAAGAAUGCUCAUUCCUGCAUCCCAGCCUGACAGAACAGAAGUGGGGAGCCUGCCAAGUCAUUUGAAAAGGGGGCUGAUGUGGGGUGGGGAGGGAGUGUGGAAGGCAACAGCCACCUCCUCGCCCUCUUGCCUUUUUUCAAGUAUAGGAGUUAGAGAGAAGCAGGAUUCUUCUAUCUCCGUGCAUGUGUGUAUUCAGAAUGUGUGGUUGUGUGACAACUGUUUUUAUAACAAAGUUAACUGGUAUUUUACAUGCUUCAGGCCACUAGAAAAUAUUCUUCCGGGGAAGAAGGGGUUGUGUGUGAGAGAGAGUGCGCACGCAGAUAGCUUCAUUAACUGAACACUCGCAUGGGAGCGUGAUAGAUUGAUGCUGUGGAAAGUUGGUCUUGGGCGUGAUUACCAGCAUACAGCAGAGUGCCAGCAGCCUUGAUGAAAGCAAGAAGGUCCUCGGUCACGCCUCUCCAGGGGAUCACUUCGAGAAGUUGCUGAUGCUGUUCAGUGGAAUAGCUUUUUGGAGCUAUGGUCCUUUUAAAAAGUAGAAUCUCAAAAAAUGACACACACUUGUCUUCCUGUGUGUGUUUUUGUGUGGGGGGAGGGAAUGACUAAAACUGCUGCAUCCUAGACCAUCAGACUGAGAGAUCUUAGCAACUUUAGUAGAUGUCUUCUUUUUUCUGCACAUUUUUGUAAAAAAAAAAAGGAAAGGAAAAAAAAAGAAAUGGUAAAAAUGACAAAAAAUAGAAAAAAAAAUUCAGCCUGUUUAAAAUCUGUUAGUGUUUUUCAUGAUUGUAUGUCUUAGUUGCUGUAGAUGGAAAGCUCAAGCGAAACGGAGGCUGUAAAUGUUUUUACGAACUGUAAAACGUUUAAGUGGCCAGUAAAAAAGGGUUUUGCCAUUGAACAUGUAACUGUGUGGUUGUUUACAUCUGUAACUUUCUUUCCUUAACAAUUCUGGCAUAUGUAGGUUGAAAAACUUCCAUUUUUAGAAUAAAUAAUCAUUCGCUUGACUCCACAUCCUUCUGUUGCUGCGCUGACUUCUUAGGUGUCGUUGUUUAAUGCUUUUGGCUUGUCUGUUCUCUCUCCCUCCCCCAAAAAUAAAAAACUCAAAGACCAAAGCAA